AUGAGUCAGACCAGAGAGGAGCUGAAAGGCCUGCAUCAGGACCUUUUUGAAUUACGAUCGAUGGUGCGCUCCUGCGGGAAUCGUCUGGAUAAGGUGGAGGAAACGAUGCAAACGAUAUUGAAGGAGAGGGCGCUGGAAACGAAUGUGGAGAGCUUGCAGCAAGAUUUAAACGAUCGCAAUCAGGAGCUGCUUCUGAAUGAGGUCGAGCUCAGCGGCGUGGCGGAGGAAAAUGGGGAGAAUCCCAUCCACAUUGCGCUGGCCUGUGCCGCUAAGCUCGGCUUGCAGCUGGACGAGCAUGAAGUGGUAGGGUGCGCGCGCGCGGUUACCCAGUGGCGCGAGGCGGGUGCGCGGUCGCUUGUCCUGCGGCUGACCCGUCCAGAUACGCGUGUUGCCAUGCUGCGUGCGGCGCGUGUACGUCGUAAUCUCACCACUGAGGGCCUGGGUCUGAAGUCAGAACCACGACCGUUCUACAUCAAUGAGCGCCUAACGUUGACAAACCGGCGCCUUCUUUAUCUUGCUAGGCAGUCCGUGGGUCGUAUCACAUGGUUUGCAUGA